AUGACCCCCGUGCACAAAUACCUGAGCGUUGCCCCCAACCUCAUGGACAUUGAUCCCCUCCUUAGUCGCUCCACCCUAUGGUAUGGCGACCUUCACUCGUCCAACGUUUUCGUUGAUGAUAACCGUAUCACUGCAGUUAUUGAUUGGCAGGGCUCGUGGGCCGGUCCACUUCUCCUUCAAGCGCAACCAUCCUCAUUGUUGAACUAUCAAGGCAGCAUCCUUCUUAAUCAUCCGGACAAUUUCGACGACCUUGAUUCCGAGCAACAAAUCCAAAUCAAGCGACAAAUCUUCAAAUUGACACUUUUCCAGCUUUACCUGAUGGAGACAGAACAACGGAAUCCUUUUCUUGCGAAAGCGUUCCAUUUGGACCAAGGAAAAACAAGACGUCUCGCCGUCGAAUUGGCUGGGAAUACAUGGGACGAUGAAAUUGUCUCCUUCCGGGAGGCUCUCAUCAACAUUGAAAAGCACUGGCAAGCGAUGGGGUUCCAAGGUAAAUGCCCCUAUUACUUUACGGAGAAAGAGUUAAAGAGACACGCUGUAGAUGCAGAAGGUUGGAAUGAAGUUGAAGACUUUUUCGAUCGUAUCGAGGACCUUGUGAAGAGGGAUGGCUGGACCUAUCCGGAAACGUUCGGUGCUGCCUUUGAUUUCUUCUGCGACCUCCGAAAAUUAGGUCUUGAGCGCAUGAAAGGCCGAGAAAGAGAGAAUUUUGACAAACAGACCAGUUGGGCGAGAGGUCAUAACUGA